CUUCUACACGGGCUGUGGUUGAGCCGUUGUUUGAAAAUUCCAUCCGAUGCAGGUGAUGCUUUGGCUGUUGACUGUCGCGACUCACGUGGUCUUGCUGGCAGCAAGGCGAACCUCUCAGGCUGAUGUUAUGGAGACAGACAUCCUGGAUACAGACCAGGCCUGUUGCUGCAAGGAGGCACUUUGUGAUGUGAACGACACGGAAGAGAUCUACUCACCCAACCAGGGUAUUUGCUGCAAGUUCAAGAGCAGGAAAUGCGGCCACAUCUUCUCGUUCUCAAAGUUUGAUGCUAAAGCUCCGGACCAAAGUUUUUGUCAAAAAGCUCAUCACGUCGAAUACCAGAUUCCACCGCGGUCUCCGCAGGGCCAGGUGAUUGCAACCAGUGAUCUCAAGCCUGGCCAUCCCGCGCACACGGUGCAGAACUACUGCGACCUCAGCAGCCACGAGGAGGCGGUGGGCGAUGAAGCCUCAGUGGCGGAUGAGGAGAAGACUGUGGGCUCCAGGAAGGGUUUGAUGCAGAGCAUGGUGAAUGAAAUCACCAGCAAUUCCAUCGACGUCAUGGCAAAGGAGAUAUUCUCCAUCUAUGUUUGCACACGUUGGGCUCCCGAUUCUGAGUUUCUGCAGAUUUUGCAGAAUGAGAUCUCCACUGAGCAAUUGCCCAACAUGGAACCAGGGAAGCUCUACAGCACGGGACGUUUCAUCCCACUGAGAUGCAGCGAGAAUUUCCAGGUCUUUAGUCAUGUGGCCUUGGGUGAAACCAGUUUCGAGAACUUCGAGCAGCAGAUGAAAUCAUUGGCAGAGUGGUAUGCAGCUGAAAAGGACGGAGCCGUUUCAGACAGACUGGCAAAACUCACAGGUCUGAAGGAAGCAAAAGCUUUCGACCUUGAAGCAGUUGUGAAUGCGACAAAGACAUGCACUGAUAAGACUGGCUGGAGCGUCAGUAUACAUUCAGCAAGCGUGGCUGGACUUUUCGCCAACUGCCAAGCUGUGAAGUGGUGGUUGGCAAAGCUGCGUGACUGGCAUCGUGCUAUGCCUUUUACCAGUUUCAUGUCUCCUGACGAGGAUGCUGCCAAGGUAGCUCCCAAAGAGAAGGAGCAGAUUCUCAUGUGUUUCGGGAAGCGUGUGGCUUCACAGCUACACCGCCGGGAAGGUGGGCAGCACCUUAUGACAGAUCAGAAUGCCAUCGGAUGCCACGGAUUUUGGGACAUGAAGCAAGCUGGGAGCAUGUUGGCCCGGAUCGUUAAGCUUUGGCGUCCACCAACCUGCCAGCUGGCCAGCAUGGAGCUGGAUAUGAAGGUGAAGAUUAUGGAGCUGAUGGCGAGCAUGAACUCUCGCCUUUUUGAUGCGCUUCCUGCCUUGCUGACUGAGGAGAUUUCAGCCAACUCGGACUUCGAUGGCAAGGCACUCGCAGCAUCUUCUCUGGGCGUCAGCCUGAUGCGGGGUAUGUGGCAGGCUAUCUCCAGCAGUUUCUCAGCCUUGCGCGGGCAUUACACCCGUCUUGGACAGUUGCUAGGCAAUACUGUGGUGAAGUGGGCGGUUUGUCCCUUGAAAAACAUCUCCACACCGGAAGAGGUUGAGAAGUUGGACAUGGCACUGGGAACUGAAGAUGAUCUUGCUCGCUACUAUGCAGAAAUUGCCUAUGCAAAGUGGACAGGCCACGAGAACCUGUUGCCCGGAGAAGAGUGUGAGGAUGGACCCUUGGAAAACACCAAGGCCUGCAGCCUGGGCAUCAUGCAACAAGAUAUGCCUGAGCCUUACAAGGAUGAGAAGUUCAUUUGUCCAGUUAGACCGCUCCUGCCGGCAAAGCAGCAACUCGAAGUCUUGCAGAAAAAGAAAGGCUGGUGCCCCUUGCGCAUGAAUUCUGAGCAGAUGAAGGGAGCCAGCUGGUUCUACCGUGGUCGCACACCACAAAAGACCCAGUAUGACAUGACGGAGAACUCGCCACAGAAGGACUUCCAAGCUGUUAGAGUGAUGCACUUCAAGAGUCGACAGGACUCGGAGUUCCACCUCUGGCGGAACUUCGCCACGAUCUCCCUGCAGUGCACCCACGAAGAGAUGGCCGAGACGCCGCGCUGGUGCAAGGACCCGCAGGUCCACCAUUCAUCCAGCUCCACCAAUGCCGUCCUGGAUUCCAUGGGCCGUGCGGGGCGUGGCACCAAACGCUUCGUUCAGCAGGGUCUGCACAAGGCCGGUAUGGCUGAGGAGCCUCAUAGCAACUCGGCUGGUGGCAAGGCGUUUGGUCACUGGUUGUACAAUCGGCGCAAGGGCGCAGAAGCCUGGAUCAAGGACACCACGGAUGCCUGGUUUGGCAAGGCCUCGGACCGCUACGACAAGCUGCGCGAGCGGUCGUUUCUGGAGAUCGAGGCGGCCGAGCUGCUGCACAGCUUAUCCUUCCAACGGGAGCUGGAAAGCACGGGAGCAGAUUCCAAGCGUAAGCAGCGAUACGAUCGCUUUGCCUCCAUUGCAGCCUGCAAAACCAUGGAUCCAGAGAUGGAAUUUGAGUUAAAAUACGAAGGCAUCGAUGAUGCACUGCAAAUGGCCAGGAAGGCCCACCAGAAGUUUGAGAAAAGCAUCUUUGGAGGACCCAGCUUCACUGUGAAGUUGAUGGGAGUGGGAAUUCUGCAGAUGAGCAGUUUCAAAUCAGCCUGGGUGGAUUUCCAUACCCUGCUCCAAGCCGGAAACGAACACUGGGUGGCCACGAAGAACGCCAUGCUGGGCAGCUUGGCCGGCACCAUCUCGGCCCGCGGCGGUGAGAGCGUCCGGGCAUCGGAUCUCAUGGGCUUCGAGGCGACCUUCCACUGCGGAUCGCGGAAAGAAAUGCACGAUUUGGAGCCAAAGGAAGCCUCGGCUGAAAAAAAGGCCACAAGCAGCUUCUCCCAGUGUGUGAUUGAUGGUGCAAAGAAGAACAAGGAGUUACGGGAAGCUUCCCCUGCAGCGCCAUACUUGAGAGAUGAGGUGGUUGUCCGAGUUGACUUCCGCAGUUUUGAAAAAUGUGGUUUGCAUUUGAAGCCGACAAGCAAUGGAAAUGAGACAAGAAACCCGGUGUACGAGACCUUCCAGAGCAUCUCUGGAUGUCGCAGCAUUGAAAAACCAGAGAAGUCAGAGGAGUAUCCACAGAGGAUCAAGGAUAAAGUGAACAGCAAAGGUUAUCGCGGCUUAUUGCUGGGGAGUGGGAUGCCUGACGAGAUGUUGUUUGAGAUUGUGAUCGAUCCAGAAGACUUUCUGCAAGAAGUGCCCCUGGAAUAAGCAGCUGGCAGAUGGUUUCGAUGUGGAAAUAAACAGGGCGGCGCUUUGCUUUUUGUUGGAUCAACAGCUUUUUCUAAUUUCUAAUGGCUAUUUGAUUUUGAUAUAUUUUGAUCACCAGAUUUCACCAGGGCUUUUGACAAUUUUUCACCCAUCCCCAUGUGUUUUUUGGGCAGUCCCAGCAGCAGAAUCCAACCACCGAUCCCGACUCUUGGCUCGAAGAGGGGAAGCUAGGCCUUGGGACCCAGUGCUUUGUCAAUGGGGUACCUCCAGAUUGAAUGCCAUGGUAUAUCACGG